AUGACACUGUCUUCGGUACUGGAACAGUGGAGAUCACAGAGAAAUGUUGUUUUCAUUGUCGGUGACUUUAAUGUCGAUGGCCUCAAAACAUCCAGAGAGAGAGUUCUUCUGAAUGAACUACUGGCAGGUUUUCAUAUGGAAAGAAUUGAUCUGGCCCCGACUAGAGUGACUCAGAAAACCUUCUCCUCCAUAGACAUGUGCUGUGUCUCUGCAGAGUACAUCGGUGAUGUCAACGUGCAGGUCCUCCAUACAGGAAUCUCAGACCACACCGGCCAUCUGUGUAGCCUCAAUUUUGAAAUAAAAAAGAAAGUUCCAAUCCUGUCAACUCGUCGUCACAUCAACAGCAUAAAUCUUGAAAAUUUGAGGAUGCAUCUCGACCUUCAAUCAUGGGAUAGAGUACUAACGUGUAUUGACGUGGAUGACGCGUAUAACAAUUUUCUUGCCAUUGUAACUUCUGCCCUUGAUACUACCUGUCCAGCCAAAAAUACUAGACAGAAACCACGUAAAUCAAUUACUCUGGCUUAUGAUCACGAAGCUAAUCAAAUGAAACAAGAGUUCAUACAAGCCGAAAAUGCUUUUAAACUGUACGGCAGACAAGAAGACAAAAAAAGAUCAUCUGACUUUAAAAAAGCCUAUGAUUUAAAACUAAAAUCAUUGAGAAAGCAAGCUAGUGCCAAUUUUAUCGCUGAAUCAAAUAACAAGGCAAAAGCAAUAUGGACUGUCAUUAAUAGAGAAAGACGAGAAAAAACUCAAGAACACUCAAACGUGAAUCACUUGCUUCUCGAUUGUGUGGAGUCCAGUAGUCCCCAAGAGAUGGCCAAUAGUUUCAACAAAUUCUUCACAUCAGUGGCGGAGGAUACGUUGAACAGGGUGGACAAGGGUGAUCCUCGCACAAUUCCCAGCGGGGACCUGAACAUAGCCUUCCCAUUGACAGAGUUUGAGCCAACAUCGAAGAGGGAGUUAAGUAAAAUAAUACGUAACAUGAAGAACAAAACUUCAGCGGGGCUAGAUGAGUUCUCCUCUGUGAUGUUGAGGGGCUGUGAAAAGGAACUGCUUGAGCCGCUACUGCACGUUGUCAACUUGAGCCUCCGACUUGGUGUCUGUCCUAAGAAGAUGAAGUCUUCAAAAGUGAUACCCCUUCACAAACAAGGAAGCAAGCAUGAUUUGGAAAACUACAGGCCGAUUUCUCUGGUUAUACCUUUUCAAAAGUUAUAG